AUGAGUGACGGGUGCUGCUGUAUUCCGACAGUUCCUCUUCACUUGACUGGUUCGGGUCAGCCUGCUCGCACUCAACAGCCAGACAGACACAUUGCCCAGUGGUGCUCGCUUACUGGAGGAGGUGCCGAGCCCGUAUUAACGACCCUAGACAAGGACAUAUUGACUAACAGAGGUAGGUCUAGAUCACAGGAACGCUAUUGCAGCAGGUGGUGGGUUGGACAAGGAUCGCCAGGCGUAAUUACCAAUAAAAAUGAACUUUCACAAGACACUUGCACACUCCGUCCCCGUGAAUUUAUUCCGGUAAAGAUGGUCCAGGACCCAGUCAGCAAUGGAAAGCGUCCGAAAAUCCGCAAGGAGUCCAUAACAUUGGCUGGCGUAGGAGGAAAAAUCAACAGCUACCUAGAAGGAUUUUUGUCCGUGCCCACCUCAGCACUAGCGCAUGAUUACCCUGGCUCAAAUCCAGAGUACCGUAGUAUCUGUAGCUCCUCUAGUCCCCUAAGGUUACUAGUAGUUGCGUAUUGCUUUUCUCCAGGUCCAACAAGUCGUCCUGCCCCCAAGUUUGAUCGACCCACAGCAAGGCCGAUGCUAUCGCGCGAUUUCCGGAUCAGGACACUUGUAACAAGGCUGGUGCGUUCCUCCAAUAGAAAAGCUAAGGUCAGAGUAGCUGAAGAUUGA